UGUAUAUGGCGUCGCUCUGAACUCUGAUUGGCUAUUGUAUGGAACUUGAAUAAGGACCGGAUGUGCCCUAUCUAGUGUCACCCCACUGAAUGGUAAAACGCAAAAACGUUCCUGAAACGUUGUUGUAAAAGAAGUUUUCGCCAUGGCGGAUGCUGCGGCCCGCCAGCUGCAAUACGAGUACAAAGCGAAUUCAAAUCUUGUAUUGCAAGCCGAUGUUCGGCUUAUUGAACGACGAAGUCGAGAUGAAGCUACUGGAGAGGUUAUGUCCCUUGUGGGCAAGCUGGAUGGAACGCGUAUGGGUGAUAGACAUCAAAGAACUCGCCCUGUCAAAGCCGCUGAACGGAAAGCAAAGCGGCAGAAACGUGAUGAAGCUCAGUAUGACUUCACCCGUAUGAAGGGUGCAACUCUCUUAUCAGAAGGCGUGGAUGAAAUGGUUGGUAUCCUGUACAGACCAAAGACCCAAGAAACUCGUCAGACUUACGAACCGCGAGAUAUUCUCUGUGGAGCUGCUGAUGAAGUUUUGGCUGUCUUGAAGAAUGAUCGUCUGAAAGAAAAAGAAAAGAAACGUGAAACAGAAGCCCUUCUUGGUGGUCUAGCUGAUGAGCGAUUUGCAUUGCUUGUCAAUUUGGGAAAGAAAAUAACUGAUUUUGGCACUGAGGAGAAAGUCCAAACCACAGAGGAAAACAUUGAUGAAACCUAUGGGAUAAAUGUACAAUUUGAAGAAUCUGAAGAAGAGGAUGAUGAAGAUAUGUAUGGUGAAGUGAGAGAGGAAGAAGAUGAAGAUGAGGGGGAGGAAGCAAAACUUGAUGGAACAAUUCAUGCUGAAAAUUUGGGAGGUGCAGCUGAAGAAAUGAAGAAGGAAAAAGUCCUUCAUCCUCUAGAUAUUGAUGCUUAUUGGCUGCAACGCCGUCUAUCCAAAUUUUAUGAUGAUGCUAUGGUGUCACAAGCAAGGGCAGCUGAAGUUUUAUCUGUUCUCCGCGAUGCCGGAGAUGAUCGUGAUUGUGAAAACCAGUUGGUCUUGUUAUUGGGCUAUGAUUGCUUUGACUUCAUCAAGUUGUUGAAGAAACACAGACAGAUGAUCUUGUAUUGCACGUUACUUGCCUCAUCCCAAAGUGAGUCAGAUCGUCAAAAGAUUAGAGACAAAAUGAAUGAAGACCAAUCCCUGGCCCGCAUUCUACGACAGUUGGAUACAGGAAAAGGAGAUGAUGAUGGGGGUGGUGAGGAUGGUGCCAUCGCAAGGGCAGCCCGCCGUAAGGAGCAGGAUAAAGAAGGGAUGGAGGGCAAUGGAGGUCUGGUGCCGGGAGCUAGGCAGCUGCUGGAUCUGGAAGACCUUAUCUUUGCCCAAGGCUCCCAUUUCAUGGCCAACAAACGCUGUCAGCUUCCUGACGGUUCAUUCAGAAAGCAGAGGAAAGGUUAUGAAGAGGUUCAUGUCCCUGCAUUGAAACCUAAGCCAUUCACUCCUGAUGAAACUCUUGUGUCUAUUGAUAAGUUGCCAAAAUAUGUUCAGCCUGCAUUUGAAGACUUCAAAACAUUAAAUCGAAUCCAGAGCAGGCUUUAUAAAACUGCACUGGAAUCCGAUGAAAAUUUACUUUUAUGUGCUCCUACAGGUGCUGGUAAAACCAAUGUUGCAUUAUUGUGUAUGAUGAGAGAAAUAGGAAAGCAUAUUAAUGUUGAUGGAACAAUCAAAGCUGAUGAGUUCAAAAUAAUUUAUGUUGCUCCAAUGCGUUCUCUUGUACAAGAAAUGGUUGGCAGUUUUGGCAAGAGGCUGAGUUCAUACAAUCUUACUGUAUCCGAAUUAACUGGAGACCAUCAGUUGACCAGGGAACAGAUACAGGCUACGCAAAUAAUUGUAUGCACCCCUGAGAAAUGGGAUAUCAUAACAAGAAAGGGCGGAGAAAAAACCUUUACCCAGCUAGUGCGGCUUGUCAUUAUUGAUGAAGUUCACUUGCUGCAUGAUGAACGAGGUCCGGUUCUUGAAGCACUAGUAGCACGUACCAUUCGCAACAUUGAAACAACUCAAGAAGAUGUGCGAUUAGUUGGACUUAGUGCCACCUUACCAAAUUACCAAGAUGUUGCCACAUUCUUGAGAAUCAAGCCGGAAACGGGUCUGUAUUAUUUUGAUAACAGCUUUAGACCAGUUCCCCUAGAACAACAAUACAUUGGUGUAACAGAAAAGAAAGCUUUGAAAAGAUUUCAAGUAAUGAAUGAAAUUGUUUAUGAGAAAGUUAUGGAACAUGCUGGUCGGAACCAAGUUUUGAUUUUUGUGCAUUCUCGUAAAGAAACAGGCAAAACAGCCCGUGCCAUUAGGGACAUGUGCCUAGAGAAGGAUACAUUAGGACAGUUUUUGCGUGAGGGAUCUGCAUCAAUGGAAGUAUUGAGAACUGAAGCAGAACAAGUGAAGAACCAUGAAUUAAAAGAUUUGCUUCCUUAUGGCUUUGCUAUUCAUCAUGCUGGUAUGACAAGAGUAGACAGAACUCUAGUGGAAGAUUUGUUUGCAGAUCGGCACAUUCAGGUUCUUGUAUCCACUGCAACCUUAGCUUGGGGUGUUAAUUUACCUGCCCAUACUGUCAUCAUAAAAGGCACUCAAGUUUACAAUCCAGAGAAAGGCAGAUGGGUUGAAUUAGGAGCCCUUGAUGUCCUCCAGAUGCUGGGUCGUGCUGGUCGUCCUCAGUAUGAUACCAAGGGAGAAGGUAUUUUAAUAACAAAUCACAGUGAACUGCAGUAUUAUCUCUCCUUGCUUAACCAGCAAUUGCCCAUAGAGUCUCAGUUCGUUAGCAAAAUGGCUGACAUGCUGAACGCUGAGAUAGUUCUGGGCACUAUUCAAAAUGUUAAAGAUGCUGUUACAUGGUUGGGAUAUACUUACCUCUACAUCAGAUUACUCAGAGCACCUACUCUCUAUGGAAUAUCGCAUGAUCGUCUCAAGGAAGAUCCACUACUUGAACAGUAUCGUGCUGAUUUGAUUCACACAGCAGCAUUGCAUUUAGAUAGGAGUGGUCUUGUGAAAUAUGAUCGCAAAACAGGACAUUUCCAGGUUACUGAACUUGGUAGAAUUUCUAGUCAUUACUAUUGCAGCCAUGAAACAAUGUCUACUUACAACCAAUUACUGAAGCCAACACUUAGUGAAAUUGAGCUCUUCCGAGUAUUUUCUUUAUCUGGAGAAUUCAAAAAUAUCACCGUUCGUGAAGAAGAAAAGUUAGAACUUCAAAAGUUGAUGGAACGUGUUCCAAUACCAAUUAAGGAAAGUAUCGAAGAACCUAGUGCAAAAGUGAAUGUUCUGCUUCAAGCUUACAUUUCUCAACUGAAAUUGGAAGGUUUUGCCUUGAUGUCUGACAUGGUCUAUGUCACACAGUCUGCUGCAAGAUUAAUGAGAGCAAUUUUUGAAAUAGUUUUAUAUCGUGGUUGGGCGCAAUUGGCUGACAAGGCAUUGUCUCUUUGUAAAAUGGUUGAUAGGCGCAUGUGGCAAUCUAUGUCGCCUCUGAGACAGUUUAGAAAAAUGCCAGAAGAAAUUGUAAAGAAAAUAGAGAAGAAAAAUUUUCCAUGGGAAAGAUUGUAUGACUUGGGGCCUAAUGAAAUUGGGGAACUCAUCCGUGUACCAAAACUAGGGAAAACUAUCCACAAAUAUGUACAUCAGUUUCCAAAAUUGGAAUUAUCAACUCACAUUCAACCCAUCACUAGGUCAACUCUUCGAGUGGAAUUGACUAUCACUCCAGAUUUCCAGUGGGAUGAAAAACUUCAUGGCACAUCUGAAGCAUUUUGGAUUCUAGUGGAAGAUGUAGAUUCAGAAGUGAUCUUGCAUCAUGAAUACUUUUUAUUGAAAGCGAAGUAUGCCACUGAUGAGCAUCUUGUGAAGUUCUUUGUUCCUGUGUUUGAACCUCUGCCCCCUCAAUACUUUUUGAGAAUUGUGUCUGAUCGCUGGAUUGGAGCUGAAACACAACUUCCUGUGUCAUUCAGACAUCUGAUUUUGCCUGAGAAAAACCUCCCACCCACAGAAUUGUUGGAUUUGCAACCUCUACCAAUCACAGCUUUAAGAAACAGCACUUUUGAAUCAUUAUACGCAGAUAAAUUUCCACAAUUUAACCCUAUUCAAACACAGGUCUUUAAUGCUGUAUAUAAUAGUGAUGAUAAUAUUUUUAUUGGAGCUCCAACAGGAUCAGGAAAAACAACAAUUGCAGAGUUCUCUGUUCUGAGAUUGUUAACUCAGAAUCCAGAAGGUCGUUGCGUAUAUUUGGUCCCUCGUGAAGCAUUGGCAGAGUUGGUUUUUUCAGAUUGGCAACAGAAAUUCGGAGAAAUCUUAGCAAAGAAAGUUGUUCUUUUGACAGGGGAAACAGGAACAGAUUUGAAACUGCUUGCCAAAGGGCAGAUUAUUAUAUGUACGGCAGAAAAGUGGGAUGUUUUAUCUCGCCGUUGGAAACAAAGGAAAAAUGUUCAGAACAUUCAACUUUUUAUUGUAGAUGAAUUGCAGCUAAUAGGUGGUGAGGAUGGUCCCAUGUUGGAAGUUGUAUGCUCACGCAUGCGGUAUAUAUCUUCACAAAUUGAACGGCAGAUCCGGAUUGUUGCAUUGUCGGCAUCUUUAGCUGAUGCACGUGAUGUAGCUCAGUGGCUUGGUUGCAAUGCAAACUGCACCUUUAAUUUCCAUCCCAGUGUGCGUCCUGUACCACUUGAAUUGCACGUCCAAGGUUUUAACAUAACACAUAAUGCUUCUCGACUAAUAGCCAUGUCAAAGCCUGUGUACAACUCUAUUUUAAAACACAGCCCUCACAAACCUGUUAUUGUAUUUGUACCUACUCGCAAACAGGCAAGAUUAACAGCUAUUGAUCUCUUGACAUACACUGCUGCUGAAAGUCAACCCAACAGAUUUUUCCAUGCGGAAGAAGAAGAUAUUAAACCAUUUCUGGAUAGAAUGUCUGACAAAACUCUGAAGGAAACUUUAUCCCAGGGUGUUGCAUAUAUCCAUGAAGGAUUAACUGCAAGUGACCACAGAUUGGUCGAACAGCUGUUUGACUCAGGAGCCAUUCAGAUUGCAGUAGUCACAAGGAACUUGUGUUGGGGAGUAAACAUUGCAGCACAUCUUGUUAUCGUAAUGGACACUCAGUUUUAUAAUGGGAAAAUUCAUGCCUAUGAAGAUUAUCCUAUAACCGAUGUGCUGCAAAUGGUUGGACGGGCAAAUCGUCCUCUUGAUGAUGAUGAUGCGAAAUGUGUUCUGAUGUGUCAGAGUUCCAAGAAGGAUUUCUUUAAGAAGUUUUUGAAUGAAUCCUUACCAGUUGAAAGUCAUCUGGAUCAUCGCCUCCAUGAUCAUUUUAAUGCAGAAAUUGUUACAAAAACAAUUGAAAACAAGCAAGAUGCUAAACGUGAGGAAGGAUGGUGGGUUGUGAUUGGUGAUCCCAAAACUAAUUCUCUUUUAUCUAUUAAGAGGUUGACAUUGCAACAAAAAGCUAAAGUAAAAUUAGAUUUUGUUGCUCCAAGUCCAGGGCUCCAUACAUACACAUUGUAUUUUAUGAGCGAUGCUUACCUUGGAUGUGAUCAAGAAUACAAAUUUACUGUACAUGUUGGAGAUUUUGAGUCUGGCAACAGUGAUAGUGACUCAGGCAGUGAUUAAUUUUAUUUCAUUGAUUACUUUUAUCUUCAGCACCUAAUUGUAUAUAUUUCAGACUCAUUCCACUUUUCAUUCAUGAUUUGUGUGGUUUAUUUUAUGUUAGGAAAUAGAAUUAAAUAAACAUGUUUGUAUAUAAAAGUUGCAAUGUUUUAUAUAGAGCAAAAUGUAGAACAAUAUGCAAUUGGUCUUAGCGCCUGUCAUUUCUUCACACCUUGUUCAGAAGAAUUCCAAUGUUGCUGAUAAAAAUUCAAUUACAGUGUUUCAGUCUCAAAUACUAGAUUUAAGUAUCGUAUUGCUCCUGAAAAAAGUGUAGAUUUUUUGACAGAAAAACUUGUUGUGGGGGACCUUGAUAUUGAAAAAGUGGUUUUGAGUAAUUAGUCUGUCAAUUUGUGAAGAAACACUAAACUAAAUCAUACACUAUUUUCACCAAAAUAUUUUUUCCUAUUCAAUUUGGCUGUUGUUGCAGUCUCUCAAAUUUGAAAAAGAUAAUCUAAUUCAAAAGGGAAAUAAGUCCUUGCUCCAUAGUUCUAAGAAAGAAAGAAAAAAAAUAAUAAUAAUAACAUCCACAAUCAGCUCUGAGGCUUCCACAAAAGAUGUAGAACUAGUCAUUAUUGAUCGCUUGGGCUACUCUGUAACUUCAAUUUUGCAUUUCUGUGAUGUGCAGAACCGUUUUUGUACCUUGGACUUUACUUUGUACUUUAGAAAAAAAAUUAAAAAAAAAAAAAAAAAUUAUUUUUGGACUUGUGAAACAAUGUAAUC